UCAAUAGCAAUGUUGAUCAAAUCGGAUGUGUAUAUAUACGUACAAAGAAAUGUAUCACCAAAGUUUAAACGCACAUUCAAGCUUAACAGGAUGAAAGGCUCUACUUUGUUAGGUUCUGUUGCCAAGAGGUUAGAAGGAAAGGUAGCAUUAAUUACGGGUGGUGCCACAGGCAUAGGCGAGAGCAGCGUGAAGCUAUUCGUCCGAAACGGUGCCAAGGUUGUUAUUGCAGAUAUCCAAGAUGAUCUGGGUCAAGCUGUAUGUGAUGAAAUUGGCUGCAAAAAUUCCGUUUCUUAUGUUCAUUGUGAUGUUUCCAGUGAAUCUGAUGUGCAGAAUGCAGUUGACACUGUCAUCUCAAAGUAUGGUAAGCUUGACAUAGUGUUCAGCAAUGCAGGAAUAGUCGGGAAGCGUGAUCCAAAAAUCUUAGCUGUUGAUUAUGAAAACUUCAGGAAGGUUUUCAGUGUAAAUGUUUAUGGUGCACUCUUGAUGGGAAAACAUGCUUCAAAAGUAAUGAUUCCACAGAAGAAAGGCAGCAUUAUAUACACGGCCAGUGUUUCUUCAGUGAUAGCUGGUGAUGUUCCGCAUGCAUACCUGGCAUCAAAGCAUGCUGUUGUAGGAUUGACCAAGAACUUGUGUGCUGAAUUAGGGCAGUACGGGAUUAGAGUUAACUGCAUUUCCCCAUUUGGAGUACCAACGCAAACACUGAGGAAUGCAAUAGGAAUUGACAGAAAGGCAGCACAGGAGUUGGUUUCUGCCAAGGCAAACUUAAAAGAGGUAUUGUUAGAGGAGGAAGAUAUAGCUGAGGCAGCCGUGUACCUGGGAAGUGAUGAGUCGAAGUAUGUAAGCGGGCUGAACCUCAUUGUGGAUGGUGGCUUCAGCACCACCAAUCGUGCAUCAGGAAAAACUUGAAAAAGCCAGUUGGUUAAGUUUCUUUUCUGCUGCUUAUGGUAUGUUGAUAAACCCCAUUUUAUUUUGCAUGUUUUUAGUGGAAACAAAUGCAGA